AUGGUUUCGUUUUGGGUAUUGGUAGCCCUGCUCCAGCUCAGCACUGCGACGUGGGCACGAAGUGUUACCAGGGCACCAGCGAAAAGACAGUCGUAUGACUUCAUCAAUAUUACUCAGUACAACAGUACUCCCAGUCCCGUUGAGGUCAGCGUUGCACUAAAUGCCGGAGGAAGGAAUCAGACCGCACCUCUGCUGUAUGGUUGGAUGCAUGAAGACAUCUCGCAUUCUGGUGAUGGAGGAAUCUACGGCGAGGCUCUAGUGAACCGCGCCUUUCAAGGCUCUGGGGCAACCAUUGGCCCUCUACCGGGUAUUCCAGGCAGUAGUGUCCAAUAUUCCGAGAACCCAAUACUACCAUGGGGUCCGGUCAUCACUGGCUGGCGAGGUAUUGGAGGAGUCAAUCUCAGCUUGACACUUCUUCAUCCCUUGUCCGAUGCUCUGCCGGUUGCCUUGCAGAUGGACAUCCCCUGGGACGCUUCGGGUGAAGUGGGAAUUCUAAACGAAGGCUGGUGGGGGAUAGACGUUCGUCCUGGGACAUACAACGCGUCUUUUUACAUCUUGUCCAACAAACCACGCAACAACGGGACCUUGUCUCACAUCGAUGUGUCCUUACGAUCGAAUCUGACGGACGACGUUUGGUGUACUUCCAGUAUGUCGUUCGGGGAAGGGCAGAAUAUCUCGAGCUUUGAAUGGAAACAGUAUGAUGUUCAACUCGGCAAUACCGUCAAGGCUCCAAAUUCGAACAACACUUUCGCCAUUACCUUUGACGCGAGUGAAGUCGCCGGGAACACGUACUAUUUCUCCCUCGUGAGUUUGUUCCCAGAGACGUACAUGAAUCGGGCAAACGGAAUCCGCAAAGACCUCGGUGAAGCCAUUGUGGGUCUUGGUUCCAAGGUGUUGCGAUUCCCUGGAGGCAACAACAUUGAAGGAUACAGCAUCGAUCAACGAUGGAAGUGGAACGAGACUAUUGGCCCACUUAAAAACCGCAAGGGUCGCGUGGGCGACUGGGGUUAUACCAACACCAACGGUCUAGGACUCAUGGAAUAUCUGGAGUUCUGUGAAGAUGGUGGUAUUGAACCUGUUCUUGCCGUGUAUGCAGGCUUCUCUCUCGACAUCUGGGGCCAAGACGGUGUUUCGUUCCCCGAGGACCGCAUGGGCGAUGUACUUCAAGACAUUCUGAACGAGCUCGAGUACGUCACCGGCGAUGCGAGCACCCAAUACGGGGCCCUUCGAGCUUCUCACGGUCAUCCUGAACCUUUUGCUCUCAACUAUGUCGAAAUCGGGAACGAAGACUUCUUCAGCUCGACGUAUCCGUACCGUUUCCCGAUACUCUACAACGGCAUAAAGCAGGCCUACCCGAACAUAACUUUGAUUUCUACGACGUUCGAUGAGAACGCUGAUUACAACAUCACGAUCCCAGCCGGAGGCAUGUGGGACACUCACCACUACGAAGAGCCGAGCUACUUCAUCGAACACUUUGACUUUUUCGACAACUGGCAAGAGUCGACCGGCAACGCCGACGUGACCGUGUUCGUGGGCGAGUACUCUGUUUUCCAGGUCGACACGCCCGACGGCGUGGUCAACUACUCGAUGCCUCUGGGCGAGCACAUCUUCUACCCGACCCUGAUGGCCGCCAUCGGCGAAGGGGUGUACCUGCUGGGCGCGGAGCGGAACCCGAACGUGGUGAAGAUGUCGGCGUACGCACCGAGCCUCGUCAACCUGAACUGGCAAAAUUGGACCCCCGAUUUGGUGGCGUUCACUGCGGAUCACGACCAAACCGUCCUGAGCGCCAGUUACUACCUGCAGCAACUGUUUGCCUCGUACCGCGGCACGCAGACGCUCCCCGUCACCACCAACCAAGGAGACUACAAUCCUCUGUGGUGGGUCGCCACGGCCACGGAAGGUGACGGACAGGUAUAUUUCAAAGUCAUCAAUUCUGGAAACAGUAGUGUUCCAUUGACGGUGGAUUUUGACAAAGGGUUCAAUGCUGUCAAUGGGACUAUAUUGACACAUUCUGAUAUAGGAGCGUUCAACUACAUUGGCAACGCGACCGCCGUCUCAUCCGCACCCAUCACGGAUCUACCGGCUGAUUCGGCGGGACAGACGACCUUCACUUGGGCCGUUCCACCUUGGUCGAUUAAUGUCCGUGAGAAGGUAUAG